CCGGGUGAACGAAUCACGCGGGAGUCUUUGGGAGGACGCCGAGCGUUAGACCCGAGAUGAAGCAAGGGGGGAAGGAUUACUCCUGGCGGUCGGCCUUCUGCUGGCUCCUGUGCGUCUUUCAAUCAGGGUGUGUCCAAGGGGUGAACAUCACUCGUUUCGGGAAUUCGAUCCGUGGAAUAGUAGGUGGAGAAGCCCUGUUCUCCGUACGAUACUCAAGCACCAGUCUGGACCUACCGGUCAUCAAAUGGCAGCUUAAGAGGGAGAAACCGAUCACGGUGGUCCAGUCCAUCGGCACCAACAUCAUCGGGAACCUUCGGCCGGAGUACCGAGAUCGCAUCUUGGUGUUCGAGAACGGAACGCUGUUAAUGCAUAACCUGAAGCUGUCUGAUGAGGGACUGUACGAGGUGGAGAUUUCCAUCACUGAUGAUACGUUUACAGGAGAGGAAACCAUCGAGCUCACAGUGGACGAGCCCAUAUCUACACCGUACGUGGACGUACCCACCUCCACAGUUCUGGAACUCACCGAACACUUCUUUCUGAACUGCUCUCACGAUACGGGCACCAAGACCACCUACAGCUGGUUAAAGGGAGGCAAGCCGCUCCCUAACAUCACUCGCCUGCUGCUGUCUCCUGAUCAGAAGGUGGUGACCAUCACGCGAGUGCUGAUGGAGGAUGAUGACGUCUACAGCUGUCUGGUGGAGAAUCCCAUCGGCAGUUUGAAAAGCACAUCCAUCAAGCUUACGGUUUAUAGAAGAAGCUCCCUGUACAUCAUACUCUCCACAGGAGGCAUCUUUCUCCUGAUUACUCUGGUGACCGUGUGUGCCUGCUGGAAGCCAACAAAAAAAAAGAAAAAACAGAAACUGAAGAUGAAUGUGCCAGGAACUGCUGCUGAAAGCCAUCGUAUGAUUGACGAGGACAAACCAGAAGAAGAUGUCGUCCCAACAGUGACAGAUCAUGAGCGCAGAAACCCGGUAUCACUUUACAUCCUAAAAGAGAAGGACCCUCCAAGUGACCAACCUGCUCCAAUCUGCAAAACAUGUACAAGUAACAGUGGCAGUCCAUCCAGCUCCAGAGGUCCUGCACCUACCCAUUCACGCUCACCUGACGUUCCAGCCCGAGCUUCACGCAGCUACCCGAGAACACCCACCAACUCCCCCCCAGGACGGCCCGGCGGGAGAAGACGCCAAAGUCGGAGCCCGCCCGCCCAUCGUGCUCACACGUCCGGCUGCUCGUCCCCUCCGAACAGGCGACUCGCUGAACCGUCCAUCCCUGACCCAGAGUUACCCAAAACGUUCACUGAGCCCCUAAUGCUGCUGCGGGAAAUUGAAAGUCUUUCUGUAAACUAAUGGAAGGUUUGGGACACUGAUAAACGUGUACAUAUAUAAAUUCAGUACAAUUGAUCCUCUGAAUCAGCACUUUAUAAUAUAAAUGUUGUCUCUGCAAAAGUAUUUUUGUCCCCCAAAAUAUGGUAUGAGAACUUAGCUUAAAAUAGUGGACAUAAGUUCAUAUAAAUAAGUUC